GGCCGCCAUGGAGGGGCAGCCGCCGCCCUGCCCCGCGGGGACGGAGCCCGAGGGGACGGACCCCGACGGGACUCCCGAGCAGCCGGACGCUGGGAAGUUGCGUCCUGCUUAUGGCACGGUUGCGAGCUGCCUCACCGAGGUGUUACCCAGGCCCGUUACUCCAACUACUGUGCGAAAGUUUCGAAAUACAACAGAUCCAGCUCCUGGUGCUAAAGUAAUAUUCUACGGCACAGCAGAUGAUCCCGACAUUGCAACUCACUUGACACAUGGCAUAAAGUCACGUUCCUCAUUCAGUGUAGCUUCGUUGAUAAGUCCAAUUCCUAAAACUGUUUUUCAAGAAAAGGUACAAGACAUGAAAGAAACAAUCUACUAUAGUAGUCGUGAAGAACGUUUGGGUAGAACACAUGAUCAAUCUUCUAUGUUACCUGAGGGCUUGGAUAUAAUUAAUACUACAUUUGGAAAAAAAACCAUCAAAGAUAUACCAGCUGGACUGCUUGUAAAUCCACCAAAAACCUUUGAGGAAGUGGAUAAAGAAGCCAGAGAAGGACAUGAUUUGUAUGUUGUGUCACAUGAGGCUUAUGACGUGGGGGAAGCAGUCAAUAGGAAGUAUAACUCACACUUCAACAAGUCUUUUGUAUAUGGAAUGGAAACCCCUCGCUUUGAAGACGGGCGAAAUACAGCCAAGACCUUAAAGUGGGCCUUUGAUCUGGAAUCGAAGAGAGCAGCUAACCUUGUAUUGAAACGAAGUGAUGAUUUCAAGGAAAAAUUUCAGCCUCAGCUUGGAAAAGCCCUUGAUCCCAUGGCAGAAACUAUGAAUGUUCCCCCAGGUCAUACAUUUGGAUUGGUAGUCCCUCCAGAUGAAUAUGGACUUUAUGAUCUUCUUCAUGACCGUGUCCCAUGUGAGUUCCUCCGUGGUAAGAACAGAGAAAAAGCUAUCUUGAUUGCAGUUCGGCAAAGUUUGAAGAAAGCUAACUAUGAGAAUUUUGAUGUGUUGCUAAAAGCAUUCAGACAUUAUGAUAAGAAUGGUGAUGGAAUGAUAGACAAGGACAACCUAAGAAAGUCCUGUUUUCAGCUUAAUCUGAAUCUAGAUGAUGAGCUCCUGGAUUCCUUAUUUGACUGCUGUGAUUUGGAUAAAGAUGGUCUGGUUAAUUAUCUGGAGUUUGCAAACUUUUUGAACUGGAAAGACAAAACAGCUAUUAAAGAGUUUGAAGAAAAAAUAAUUGCUAAAGGGAAAAAAUUAGGUGCCUGUCUUGUUCCUGAAGACACACAGAGAAAAGAUGAGCCACAGCCAAAGCAGGAAGCUCUCAUGUUAAAAGAACCAGAAAGCUCAGAAAAGACACCAAAAACACCUACAAACCCAACAGACCGUGUAUUUGCAAGUUAUCAAACAACGUCUUCUCAGUAUAAUGCUGUAGUAGGUGGUCUCCCACUGUCCUGUUAUCCAAUGUGUGGUAUUCCAACUAUUCGUUCAGAUAUUCCUGCUCCUCGAAUUCGUCGCCUCAGUGACACAACUAAUUAUGGUGACCAGGGCACUAGUUUUGCAUUAUUGUUCCCUUCUGUCUUCGGUCAAAAUGGAGUGCAUGAAAGAGAACUUUUAAAAAAGAGACCAAAGGCAGAGAUUGCACAAAUUGUCCACAACAUUGGCAUGGACGUUUCAGGAGAAAGGUUAGAAGAAAUAUGGAAGCAAGUGUGUACAAAGCAUGAGAUAAGAGAACUUUGUGAUUGUGAAGAAAGUAUGUGGAAUAUACUGCACAUAAUAACAUGAAUCACAUGCAAAAACCCAUUGCUAAUUCCAGUCUCUGGGCAUUGCAUUUAUUUAAAUUGACAUAAUUCUGAUGCUGAAUACAAUAAAUAUUUUCAAUAAUGUA